UCCCCCGGGCCAGCAUGUCUGCUCUGUGCGAUCCCGCGGGGGUUGUUGGUCCUACAGGGUCUGCCCCCAGCCCGAAACCGGCAGCCCCCCCUCCGUCGCUCAGUUCCCAGGAGCUGGCCCAGGAGAUCAAAGCCUUCCUUAGCGGCGUAGACCCCGUACAUGGUAACAAGCUCACCAUCAAGGAGCAUGCCCGAUGUGCCAUUCUGCUGCUGCGCAGCCUCCCGCCUGCUCGCAGCGCUGUUCUGGACCACCUUCGGGGUGUCUUUGAUGAGUAUGUGUGCACCUACUUGCUGGAACUGGAAAACAGCGAAGGCAGGCCAAGUUGCGUCCGCUCCCAGGGUCCCAACCUGGACGACGUGGUCCAAGAGAUCCUGGCUGUGCUGUCAGAGUUCAUCCGCAUGAACCCCAAGGCGUGGGCAGCCUUGGUCUCAGCCUGGUCUAUCGACCUGAUGGGGCAGCUGAGCAGCAAGUAUGCCGGACGCCACGGCGUGCCCCACGCCAGCAGCCUCAAUGAGUUGCUGCAGCUGUGGAUGUCUUGCAAGGCAACGCGGACUCUGAUGGAGAUCUACACCCAGUGCCUCUCGUCUAUGAUCAGCACCUGUCCGGAUGCUUGCGUGGAUGCCCUCCUGGACACUUCUGUUCAACACUCGCCGCAUUUCGACUGGGUAGUGGCUCACAUUGGGUCAUCUUUCCCCAACACAAUAAUCAAUCGGGUGCUCUCCUGUGGCCUCAAAGAUUUCUGCAUGCACGGGACAGCCUCGGCCGACCUCCUUCUCUUCCCAAGCACCACCGCUGCUGACAAGAGGGUUCCCAAGAUUGCCUCCGUGGUGGGCAUCCUGGGCCACUUGGCCUCUCGCCAUUCGGAGAGCAUCAAGCAGGAGCUGCUGAGGAUGUUCCACGGGAGCCUGGGCCCUGCACGGGACCAGCAGCAGAAGGCCACCGUGCCCUUCUUGCUGCAGCUGGCUGUCAUGUCCCCCACUCUCCUGGGCACCAUCUCGGCGGAACUCGUGGACUCCCUCAAGCCUGGCGUGCUCAACCAACUCCACCAACACUUUGCUUCGCUGCCUCGGGAGGAUCUGGAGAACAUGGUGAGCAUUGUGGUCCACCUCAUCUGCCAGACGUCAGGAGGUGCCUACCGUACCCUCCAGUUCCUCAUCAACACAGCCAUGCCGGCUUCUGUCAUCACCAUCCCAGGCUUGGCCGUCCACGACAAUGUGCGAGAAGCUUGUGACCGCGUCAUCCAGCUUCUGCUCCUCAACCUUCAGAAGCUGGUGUACAACCGAGGGUUGGCCAGCUUGGCGGAGGCUCCUCCCCGGCCUGUGCCUUUCCUGGACGAGCUGAAGGGCCACGUGCAAGAGCUUUGCGUGGAGACGCUGCGGCUGGAGAGGAAGCGCUUCCUGUGGCAGCACCAGCUGCUCGUCCUGCUGUCGGUGUACUGUACCCCGAGCUGCGGCAGCGAGGCCCUCUUCCACUUACUGACUCUGGCCAAGAGCCAGGAGGAACUGAGUCUAGCGACGCAACUCUACACUGUGCUCAGCUCUUGCAUGAGCAACCUUUUACCUGCCACAGUCAAAAAAUGUGUUUGCCAGAUCCAUGCUGGCAGCCUGUCUGAACAGCACACAACUCAGCUGUUCCAAAAUCUGGCCUUGAUCAUGCAGUGGGAGGAUGAGGGUCCUGCCUCCAUGGGUCACCAGCUGGGCCAGGUGGUCUCGUCGUACCUCUCUGACUUUGGCCAGCUCCUGCUCCAUCAUAACCCCGAGGUCGCCCAGGCAGCUUCCUUGCUGCUUUCCGUUUGUCCCAUGCCCAAAGCCAUCCACCCGGCUCACCUGCUGUUCCUCAUCCGCUCAGCCGUGCACCAUUUUUUCCUGGUGUUGCGCUACAAGUGCCCCACAGGCAUCAGCUAUGGGAGCCGCCUCCUCUGUUGCCUGAGCGGGGCCUCGCCCACGGCUGGCAAAGCCAUUCUCCAGUACUUGGUGGAGGGAGCCCUGCACCCGGGCAAUGCUGAGCUCUUUGGCGGAGUGGCCGAGCCACCUGCCGCCGGGAGCAGUGCAGGCUUGGAAGGCGCCAUGGUCUCACUGCUAGACAUCAACAGGCGCUUUAUGACCACCAUGAACUUCUCGGGCAGCAUAUGGUCGGUGUUCCACGUUGGGGUGAUCGGGAAGGGGUUGAAGCCGCCCCACACUCCCUACCAUCGGGAACCAGAAGAGAUCGCCCACAACGUUCAGACCUUCCUAAGCUUGCUGCUGCGGUGCUGUGGGGCGGGGAGGUGCAGCUCGGAGCCCUCACAGCGUACAGUGGCAGCCAUCAGUCCCGAGGCAGCCAAGACGGUGGCAGUGGUCUUGGUGGAGAGCGUCUGCCCGGAUGUCACCAACAGUGAGCUGGCGUGGCCUCCUGAAGAGCACACCCGCAACACCGUGGAGCGGGACAUCCAGAUAGGGCGGUGCUUCCACGACAACCCCCUGCUCUUCCAGCUUUUGAACUUGGUUGCGGCAGGGAGGCCUGCUUUGUGUUACUGCUCGGUCUUGCUCCGGGGCCUCAUGGCAACACUCAUGGCCCAUUGGGAGGCCUCGCGGGAGAAUGAUACAGUCAGCUCUCCCUGGCACUUGCAGGCCUCCUGUGCCCUGGUGGCCUGCAUGGGGGAAGGCCACCUCCUGCCCCCCGUUCUCAGCAACAUGCACGAGAUCUUUGACCAGCUGGCCCCUUUUGAGGUCCACCUCUUGCUCCUCAGCGUCUGGGACUACAUGCGCGAUAACAGCCCACUGCCCCAGAAGUUCACCUUCGAUGCCGGAACAGGGCUGUUCUUUCGGGACUUUUCCAGAGACACUGAUGUCGGCAAAUACCUCUGUGUUUUACACAACGUCCUGCACAAGAACAUUGACCGGCUGGGCCUGCUUUCUGUGCGAUUCCAGAAUUAG